AUGGCCACCGCCAUUACCAUCCAGGCUACUUCUUCUGGUCCGGCACCUGCCGGCGUGCCCUUGACUUCUGCUGAUCACCGCUCCCUGCUUCGACAACACCACCGAAUGAGCUCGACAAACUCUCCCGUCGCCUCUCUCGCCAAUUCUCCUGUCAUUUCUUCUGCUUCUUUCUCUACCAUCACGACCCCCACCACCAAGACCUCGCUCCCGGCUGUCGUCUCCUCCCGCGGCCUAGCCGGCCGCGAUGGAGUCAGCUGUGACGCCUGUCUUUACAGAAAAAGUCGCUGUGCGAUGAAUGAAUUGGUCAACAAGUGCUACUCUUGUGACUUUCAUCGCCAAGAUUGCACAUUCACCCUAGUCAACAGCAACAAUCCGCCCGCCGAUCUUGGCUCGCCACAAUCGAAGAAGAGAAAGCUGGAGGAGUUGGUUGUCACAGAACCCAACAGCAAAAGACCGUCAAUAGAUACUUCUCGACCUGUAGAACCCGCCGCAAAAGAAAUGUUGCCAGCAAUCACCACCACCACCACCACGAGCAACAAUGCGUUGCCAUUGCCCGAGCUAUCCUUCCAAUCUGGUCAGCAUAUUGGUUUGACGACAGAGCUGGAGCCUAUCCUUUUCGAACACCUACCACUAGACGGCAAUGACGAAAGCCUACUGUCUUCCAGUCACAAAAUCCGACGAUUCACCGAGGAUGGCUUCUUCAUGCGAAUCAUGGAAAACGGCGCCAAGGAGACGCCCACUGUCUCACUGGACGCCAUCGAAACCUUGGUCGCGCCAUACGGUUCAACAUUGGUAGACAAGUUCUUCCAAAAGAUCCAUCCCGUCUACCCUAUCCUGAUGGAAGAUUCUUUUCGACAAUCAUAUCGCACACGCAAAGGCUUGUCGCCUCUACUUUUGGCUGCAGUCUACACCUUGACUCUGAAAUACCUUGAAUUCGAACCUGCCGCGCGAACGGCUCGUAAACCGGACGUCAAGAAAAUGGAAGAUACCGCCAUGAAACUAUUGACCGAAUCUCUUCCCCGCGCUGACAUCACCGCUAUUCAAGCCGGUCUUUUGAUCAUGCAACGCUCUUCGUUGAACACUUCGUCUCUUAACGGGCAACUUGCCACUGCUGCCUUUGAACUCGGUCUGCACCAGGAUUGCUCGAACUGGAAAAUCCCAGCUGCUGAGAAAGGUCUCCGCAGAAGAAUGGCUUGGGCGCUGCACACACAGGACAAAUGGUCGUCGCUUGUCCACGGCCGGCCUUCGCAUAUGUCAGCCGCAAAUUGGACGGUGCGGGAUCUGGUUACAGACGACUUUAUUGGAGCCUUUCCCCAAGCCGGCUCAGAUGACAACGAAACCCCAGUCUUGGAUCAUGGGCCGCUACUGUUUUGUCAACAUGUUUCUUUGACCGCCAUAUUGGCCGAAAUCCUAGACACUUUCUACACCCUACGAGCAGCAGAGCAGUUUUCUGCAGCGGGCAGCAAUAAAACACGCCAGAUUCUAGAGCGGGCGAAACCAGUACAGAUUCGAUUAAAAGAUUGGUUUGCCCGUCUACCCACGGAGAUGAAGAUGGAAUCGUCAUCAUCUGGGUCCGAAAUUCUCUUUGACGAGGUGACUGAAGAGUCUGCCUCAAAUGGUGCUUUGCAUGUUGCCUAUUUUGCCACAGAAAUCACCCUCCACCGAUGCAUUGUCCGAUCCUUGAGUCCUCAAACAGCAGACAAUUACCUCUCCCACAUCUGCCGCUCGGCAGCAAAGACCCGACUUAUCAGCGCCAUGGACUUUGUCAAUCGGCUGCGACCUGCUCAUCUCCAGGCUUUCUGGCCCGGAUCAUCACGCACAAACUUUGCUCUCAUCGGCUCGUUUGGCACGUUACUACUCGCGACGGCACCUACAAAGGAAGAAGCUGAAUUCUACCGCCAGCGACUUGCCGAAUAUAGAUGGACACUCAGCGUCAGCGUUAAGAAUGCACAGUUCCUCAAGCAUGCCAUUGAAUCCCUCGACAUGGCCACCUUGCUGGCUCAGAACGUGCCAGAAAAGCCGGGUAUCGAGGAAUUAAUGGCCAACGUGGUUGCUACAAAGAACAGUCAACGGCGUCGAAAUGGUCCAACCAAGAUUAGCGAGACACAUUUCGCACGUGAGAUUGAUGUUGAAAUGAUCAUGGGCGAAGGAGGUGCCGGCGCCUCCUCGGUGGUUAGUGGGUUAGCAUCUCCGGCCACCAGUCUGAGUGAUGAAGACCUGAGUGAUGACGAGGGAGGAGAAGGCUAUUGA